UUCAAUCCCGCGUUUUCUCACUGGUAUCUCACUUCCUCUGUUUCUCUCUCUAUAUGAAUAUUUCUGUAUCUAUCUGUAUAUUUUUGACAAAAGAAAGAAAAUCUUGAUAAGUUUUCAAGAAGCUGAGAAGAACACUUUAUGUAUCAUCAUCAUCAUCUAGUUUCUUGAUCAAAAAUCUGAUUUCAUGUUAAUGGAGAGUUUAAUGAUGGAAGAGGAGAAGCAACUAGAUUUCAACCGUCCUCUUAUAUCCAUUAGACGGCCUAUACAUCAAACUUCAGAACCCAAUAGCAAAACAAGAUCUUCUGCUUCAGUAACCAACAAGAUCCCUCCUACUCCACCGGUUUACAAGUCUGAUAUCAACUCAGGUCCUGUGAGGAAUCCAGGAACUGUCCCUUUUCAAUGGGAACACAAGCCUGGUAAGCCAAAAGACGAGAGGAAGCCUGAGUUACAAAGUGUUGUUCAGCAACAUUUUGUGCCAAAACUUCCUCCUGGGAGGGUUGUGAAAGCUAGAGAACGAGAAGACUUAGUGAGGAAGCCUGAGACUAGAGUUGAUCAUGUGGAGGAUGCAAAGAGUUGUAGUUCUUGGUAUGAUGAUGAUAGUGAUGGUACUUAUCUUGAUGCAGCUGAUACACUUUCAAGAUCCGAGUCAUUUUUCUUCAACUGUAGUAAUGUUAGUGGCUUGAGUGGUUUGGAUGGUCAGGGGAUGCUAUUUGGAGCCUUAUCUAGUGACCGACAAACUCAGGAUCUAAUGAUGGGGAGAUUCUUGCCUGCUGCCAAAGCCUUGACUUCAGAGACACCUCCAAAUCUUGCCAAGAAACCCCCUAAACCAGAGGAACCGGCCAAGGUAGUGGUGGUUAAGGAGAAACAGAACAAAGCUGAGGAAAAUCCAUACCGGUUUCAUCAUUCUCCUGAUCAAGAAGAGGAAGAUGGAGACGUGAGCAGCAUGAUGGGUUCUGGUGUUUGUGGACUACUCCCUCAGAUUUGCUUGAGAAGCUCUUUUGGAGUGUUGAAUCCGGUUCCGUCUGUGAGAAUGCAGGCACAGAGAGGUGUUUCUGUUCGCCGUAUGCGUUCCAAGUAUCAAGAUUCUACUACUAAACCUUGUAAUGAGAAUCAUAAUGUGAAGCUAAAUGGAUCAGUUGCACAAGGUGAGCCAUUAUCAGCAUCUUCUGUACCAGAAGGGAAAGAGAGAGUAGAGAAGUUCAGCACAGCUUCACGCACUAAGAUCAGGAAGAACUUUGGUGAGCUCUUGGCUAGUGAUGACAAUACAUGGGAACCUUCUUCUGAGGCUCCUGUUGUUGAGAAAACUCUGUAUGUAGACACUGUGCAUUCAGUAGACAAGAAGAUACAAGAAGUCUCUAAUGAGCAGUCAUUGUUAAAAGAUUAUCAUUCACUAGAUGUUGUUCCUGUUAAAGAAGAUGUUGAGAACUUGACUGGAGCGAGUGAAGAAGCUAUCUCAGGUCUAAAAGUUGAAGAAUGUGCUGAUCAAGCUAUAGCUGAAGUAGUAGAGAUUACAAAGGAGAAGAUUGAUGUUGAAGUCAAAUUGCAGCAGGGAAACACAAGGGAUCUUGAAAAUUCAAGGCUUCAUCAUCAUCAUCAUCAUCACAUUGUUGCACCACCACCAUUACCAAACGCUCCUUCAGAUUCCUGGUUAAAGCGAACAUUGCCAACGGUCCCAUCAAAGAACAACUCAUUCACAUGGUUGCAGUCUCUUGGCAUUGAUGAUAAUAAUCAAUUUACCAAGAUUGGUCAAACAGAUCCCAAGUGGGAAACUAUGGUCAAAACCUCCAAUACACAGCAAGGGUUUGUGUGCUUCUCCAAGGAGACACUCAACCCUAUACCAGAGACAUAACAAUACCAAAGUAAUUGUAAAUUUCAACAAUAUUGGAAGGGAUUAGUCAAUAAUGUUUUGUUUUUCUUAGUUCAUCUUCCUAGAUUUCUCUUUAGUCAUGUGUAGACUCUGAAAUAAAAUGUUUCCUAAUAAAGAGAAAAGCAAUGGAUAUGAAAUAAAAGGUCUCAAAAUAUUGUCUGUCACUUGUGGGGUGAGGGGUGUCUUAUAGAAGUGAUGUACAGCUAUGUUAACAGAGAUUUGUUGCAAUAAUACUCCAUAAUUCCACGUGACUCUCUUUCUUUUGCCCUUCUUUAUAUAUUAUCUACUACUAGUAGUAGUAGACUUUUGUUUUUUUUUCUUUUGUAAUUAUGUUUCUGAAAUGUUCACUUGAAAAGAAGAUGGUUAUAAGAG